UAUUAAGUAGGUUAGUGAAAAGUUUGAGCUGUUACUGAUAUAAAAUCCUUGAACUAACUUUAACUGGACUGGACACAAUAAUAUCACACCAGAAAUGAAUGAGCUUUUCUAAGUCUAAUCUUUAUGAGAGUCGGACUAUUAAGAGAAUCAAGAACAGAAAAUAAGAGAUGGCUAAGUUGAACAAAAGCUUAUGUCGAGAUGGUGUUGUAUUGGGUAUGGCUUCCUUGUUUGUGAUAUCUGCCAUUAUUGUAUCAAAAGGGUCUUACAAAAACAUGUCAUGGUUUAAUAUCUCCACAACUACUACUCCAUUGCCACAGACUCAUAUUACAACUCCUACUUACAUGAAUCAAAGAAAGGGGAUGGGAUUGCAAAAUUUAGAAAUAAAUAACAGAAAAAAGGAGAGAGAUGAAAACUUGGAGAUGGUUGAAGGUGAUCUUGCUACAGCCAGAGCAUUAAUAAGAGAAGCAAUUUCAAAAAAAUUUGUUAACCAAACUUAUUCACCUCUUCAAGAUUCAGAUUAUGUUCCUCUGGGAGAUAUUUACAAGAAUCCUCACGCCUUCCACUGGAGUUACCUACUGAUGGAGAAAUUGUUUAAGAUAUUUGUGUAUGAAGAAGGAGAGCCCCCAAUAUUCCACAAUGGGCCUUGCAAGAGCAUAUACUCCACUGAAGGAAUUUUCCUUAGCUUGAUGGAGAGGGAGACUCAUUUCAGAACUUGGGAUGCAGAUAAAGCCCACGUGUAUUUCCUACCCUUCAGCGUAGCCAUGAUUGUGGAAUACUUAUUUGAUCCCAUUGUACGUGACAAAGCUGUUCUUCAACGCACUGUUGCCGAUUAUGUUCACAUUAUUUCUCACAAGUACCCUUUUUGGAAUAGAAGCCUUGGAGCUGACCAUUUCAUGCUUUCCUGCCAUGACUGGGGGCCAAGAGCAACUUGGUAUGUUCCAGAGCUAUACUACAAUGCAAUUCGAGUACUUUGCAAUGCCAACACCUCCGAGCAUUUCAACCCGAAAAAAGAUGCAUCAUUCCCUGAAAUCAACCUCAAAACAGGAGAAAUCAGAGGCCUCACGGGUGGCCUCCCACUCUCAGAGCGCAAUAUCCUUGGAUUUUUUGCUGGUAGGCGCCACGGCCGAAUAAGACCGGCAUUGCUGCAGCAUUGGAAAGACAAAGACGAAGAGUUGCAAGUGUACGAGUCUCUGCCUCAAGGCAUUUCUUACGAGGAAAAGCUGAAGAAAAGCAGGUACUGCAUAUGCCCCAGUGGGCACGAGGUGGCGAGUCCGAGAAUAGUAGAAGCAAUCUAUGCGGAAUGCGUCCCUGUGUUAAUCUCUCAGCGUUAUGUGCUGCCUUUCAGCGAUGUUUUGGAUUGGGAGACGUUCUCUGUUCAAGUGUCUGUGAGUGAAAUACCAGAGCUGAAGAACAUCUUGUUGGGAAUCUCUGAGGAAAGGUAUUUGAGAUUGCUUAAGGGAGUGAAGAUGGUACAAAGACAUUUUGUGGUGAAUGAUCCUCCUAAGAGAUACGACAUGUAUCAUAUGAUUCUUCAUUCUAUUUGGCUUAGAAGGUUGAAUGUUAAGAUUAGUAAUAAUAUACUUGAUGACUGAGACUGAUCACAAUUGUAAAACAUUCUUUACAUUUUUUUUUCAUCUUUAUUCAUCUCCGUUACACAAUUGUAAAAUUCUUAGGUGCACUUCAAAACCAAAAUGAGGGGAAAGUAGGAAAAUGAGUUAUUUGAAAAAAGCUAAUUAGAAUUUUUACCUCCUAAA